GUCACUCACUUGUCACUUGUCCCCUUCGCGUGACCUUCGCGUCGCAACGACAACCGGGGCGACAUCCACACGCCAUCGGCUCCAUCGGCGCUGGCCCCAUCAAGCCUCAUCGACCCUCAUCCACACGACGGGCACCGCGAGCUUCCAGCUCUUAUGCUCAGCGGCCGCCUUGUUCAAGCCCUCGUCGCAGAUACCACACUCUCGCCCCUCUCGCUCAACCACUGCAACUCCGACAGUCCGUCAACUUCCAUACUCGUUCUCAAAGACCGGGCCGAAGCAGAAUAACGCGAGUUGGAACCCAACCACCUUAAAGGGCGCUUUUUCCAUUCGUCCAGCCAUCGCCGUCAUGCCGAGCGUGAAGUCCAUCCUCGAAACAGCACGCUCUAGCAAUGCCACCAUUGUAGACCUGAACGCUCAAUCACUGAAGGAUGUGCCGCCUGCUCUAUUUGAAGUCCAAUCCGUCGAACAGCUAACGCUAGCCAACAACCGCCUCGGCGAGAUCCCUGAAGACAUUGUGCGCCUGAAAAAGCUAGAAAAUGUUUCAUUCUUUGGAAACAAGCUGUCGGCACUGCCAAAAUCAGUCGUCUCGAUGGGAUCCUUGAAAUACCUGACUGCAAGCUACAACUUCAUCACUGAGCUCCCCACCGGUUUCGGAUCAUGUCCAAAUCUGGUCUAUCUGGACCUCAGCUGCAAUCAGUUGAAGCAGCUGACGGCCAACUUUGGAUUUCUAACGACACUACGAUCCCUCCAUCUCUCCGAUAACCACCUGGAAACACUGCCGCCAGAGAUUGGCAAACUGGUUGAUCUGAAUACACUGGUCCUCUGCAACAACAACAUCACCCACCUCCCCGCAGAACUUGGGAACUUGCAAGCGCUGCGGUAUUGCCUCUUACAAGGCAACAAGCUCAAAACCAUUCCUAAGGAGUUGGCAAACACACCACUAGGCACCUCCGGCACAACCUUUAGGGCCUACAAAAACCCUCUCUUGCCAUUCCUGCAGGAUGUCUUGGACGAAGGGGGCACAAAGGGCUUCUUUGCUUUGCUGCGAAGUGACGAAUAUGCAGCAAAACUGGCUGAAGCCGAGUCGGGGAAGAAGAAGAAGAAGUAGAGAGCACGAGUAGAGCGCUUCUCGUUCUUCCGUCGAUCUCGAGCCGGCUCGCCGUCCGAUGGCUGACAUCACGAAGGGUUGUCUAUAUAGAUGUACAUUAUCAAUUUUGGAAAGGUGAACAUAUGAAGAAUUGGAGAAGUCGAUUGAUCCCCAUGCUCGCCCGUCAUCAGCACUUUGAUGCUCGGGAGUCGCGCAGAGGGGGUUUCCAAGCGCAUCUUACGCCGCAGGUAUAGCAAGGCCAGGGUUCUGAAUCUUCGUCCAGAACGGUGAUGGCCGUGCGCACCGUACUCGAGGGCUUCGUUCCCGAGGUUCGCAAUAUCACAUUGGUAGUGGCAGCUGCUUACAAGUGCGGUUCCAGCUUAUGAUCGUGGCUAUCGAUUGGACAUGUGAUCUGAUUUCAUCAACCCCGC